AUGCUGGACCCGAAUAACAUUGCCAAUCGUGGAGACCUUCCAGAAGACUGGGAAUGGAGGAAGAAACGAUAA